AUGUACUGGGACGGCAAGAAUCAUGUCUACGGAUGCAAGUUUGAGGUGGCCGUCCUCGGAACCAAGCCCCACUACGCCGUGUUUAUGAGCAAGCAUCACCUUGCGUCGAAGCACGACUUCACAAUCCAUAAGGAGGAGCAUGAGAAGACUCCUGGCGUGCGGCGCGUUGCUAUGAUGAAGUCACCCGAGCUGGCAAAGGCCAGUGAAGGAGAGAAGCUAAAGAACAAGAUUCUCACCAAGAGGAGAGUGGUCAUCGAGUGCUUCUUUGGUCGUUUGGUCAACCGAUAUCUCCUCUUUCGAUUCAGAUACGAGCUUGACCACAAGUUCCUCGAUCAGGACUUCUACAACUGCUGUCAAUUGACCAAUCAAUUCUACUACAAUUCUACUUUCAGUACGUGUCACCGCCAUAGCAGUGAGCACGUUGGAACUCUUUUUCCAACGAGUAUCUGUCUAAUCAAUGUAGAAUUGUAG